AGAUGGCACCACGGGUAAAAAGUUUAAAAAUUUCACCGCGAGUUGGCGCAAGCGUAACUUCCUGCAUGUCGAAUUCUUUUCUUUUUCCCUCGGAUAACCUAACGUGUCUGUCGGUGUGAUAAACAAUCACAAAUCGCAGCCAUGGUUCGUAUGAACGUACUCAGUGAUGCCCUGAAAUCAAUUAACAAUGCCGAGAAGCGAGGCAAAAGGCAAGUUCUCUUGCGACCUUGCUCUAAAGUCAUCGUCAAAUUUCUUACUGUCAUGAUGAAGCACGGCUACAUUGGAGAAUUCGAAAUCGUUGACGAUCAUCGCAGCGGCAAAGUUGUUGUAAAUCUUUCUGGAAGAUUGAACAAGUGCGGUGUCAUCUCCCCAAGAUUUGACGUACCCAUCACAGACAUUGAAAAGUGGACGAACAAUCUACUUCCCUCCCGUCAAUUUGGAUACGUCGUUUUGACAACCAGCGGUGGAAUCAUGGACCACGAAGAGGCGAGGCGGAAACAUCUUGGAGGCAAAAUCCUUGGAUUCUUCUUCUAAAAUUUUAUUAAAAGAAAAAUGUAAAAAAAACAAAAUUCAGUUUGUAUCGCCAACAUCAAUAAACGGUUGAUGCAAAUGAAA